AUGGCGGCCAUUCAAGCACACUCUUUACCUAGCCAUUUCGGCGCUUUACGAAGCGACAACAAAUCCCAAUUGACCACCUGCACACCAUACUCAUCACCCGUGAAGCAACGGGGGUCAUCUUGCUACCUUCCUCAGAGAGGUACCCGGGUACUGGAAGAGUCUAAUACAGACCCUUUCUACCUGGAGCAGACUCUGAGGGACUCGUGUAAACCAGGUCAACGCGAUGUCCGCUGCUGUGAGACAACAGACCAUCAGUAUUUCACAUUAUCAUCAGUAAACAAACGCAAAGAAUAUCCUUACCCUAACCCGGUCCGUCGCGAACCCGCGGGACCUCGGUCGAACAUUUACGACAACGCCAAAGGAAACCGAAGCACACUAUCAGUGGUCGAGCUCGAGCACAGGAUAGGGCUUCAGCAGAUUGCAGCACAACGCGGCUUGGAAAAACAGCACGUUCACUGCAAACAAGACUCCUUCAGCUCCAGCACCAGCGAGGUGACUCCUGACCUCACCCCAAGCAGCUCGUUCUCAUCCAAUUAUUCUCUGGUGAGAGACCAACAUCUCUCGUUUGAACCACAGCGGAUUACAUCUGAGUCCGGCAGUCAUCUGUACCUGACGCCGUGCACGCCUCCGCCAAUUCGACCUCCACCACCAACAACCCUACCUUCUCUGCCUUCUACCCCCAGACCACACCAAACCCCAACCAGCAAAAGCAAAGGCACCGCCCGUCCCGUAAACGACUCCACUGAAACACUCACCAUGCAAAACGAAGAUCCCCAAUUGCGGUACAACCGCCUCGGAAAACCCCUUCCCACACUCCCCAACAUCGCGCGCAACGGACCAAAGAGCAAAACCGCCCAAAACGGCACCCAACGAUCCCAAAUCGAACCCUCCAUGAUCUCUCCUCCCAGCCUCAUUAACCCAGUCACCAUGGAACCGCACUCAACACACUUCGACCAAGCUUUCUUCAUCCCUGCCAAUGACUGUCCCAGUCCCGUUCCCAGUCCGGGCCGCAACUCUACAUCGUCACGCCUCGCGCGGGAAGUCACCAAUACUCCCCCCAGCCGUGAGAAAGAAAGGCCAUGGACGGCAAGACCGGAAGCGUACUGCGAACAAUCAGUCUGGGAAUCAGACUCUGACUCCGAGUCAAUAGGGCCCAAGUCCCUGUCCAAGAAGCCCAUCGACACCCUCCGCAAAGUACGCAGCCGCGUACACCUGCGUGUGGCCAGAUCUGCUCCCCGGCUCAACGGUGCACCCCCGUUACCUCCACCGGUCCCUUCUCCUCCAACUGACGGCGCACCAUUGGAGAAGUUCCCCUCGAUGCCAGACCACCCUAUCCAACAACCACCGCAUCCACCACCACCCCCCCUCCCACCAGGGUCAUCGAAAAAGCCAUCUCUCCAAACCCGUUCCAGUAAAGACAUCCCCCGGCCCAACACGCAAACCCUCCGCCUCGUCGCUCCCUCAACAACUUCUCUCGUCCUCCCCGAAUCCCGCAAAGACAAAGAUAAAGAAAAGGGAAGUCUACCAGCAACACCCACAACCACAACCACAAAGACAUCAGAGCAUGACAUGGACUACGCAGCAGCGGCGGCUUUCCAGGCACAGUCCCGCCGCCGUCAGCGCUCGAGGUCGCCUACAUCGCCUGCGGCAACGGGCUACGCGGAUAAAGAGAAACUACGCACGUUGUGUCGCGAGGAGAGGACGGAGCACACGUUGAAUAGUAGUCUGACGUUGGGGAGAAGGCCAUUGUAUAGAAGGUUCUGGGAGAGUUUGAGGAUUUUGAGUUGUCAUAAUGAUAUGGCGCCGCAGCCGACGAGGAAGUCGUUUUGA